AUGAGUGGUCGAGCCAGGAAAAAUGGAAUGGCAAGAGGAAGGCUGCCAAAGGAUACACAGAGUGGUGCACCUAUUAGGGGUCAGCAACCUGGUAAUGGGAGGUCCAGGUGUCGACAAUGGCAACUGAGGCAAGCACCAGAACCAGCUUCAGAACCAGGACCAGCUUCAGCUCAAACACCAAUUUCAGCUCUAGAAGUUGCUCAGGCACCAGCACCAACUCAAGCACAAGGUGGGGCAGAAAUAUUGGCUUGGCCACCAGCAACAGCUAGGGAAGAAACUUGGGCAGAAGUAGUGGCUCGGGCACCAGGACCGGCUCGGGCACCAGGACCGGCUCGGGCACCAGGACCGGCUCGAGCACCUAUACCCACAUUGGCACCUACAAGGGAACCUGUUAGACAUGAAGAACCAAGAGGGACAGAAGGAGGAGCUGUGGAAGGAACAUCUGCAUUUCCAGAAGAAGAGGGUAGAGCCUCAGUCACGUCAGUGGAGCCAUCACAGAGGAAGAAACGAUCUGGUAGACAGAAUGUUCAUGACCUUGGUGUGAAUAUUCGGCAAAAUCUGGAUCAUUUCAUAGAGUGCAAAAGAGGUACUUCAGGGAAAGUAGUGCACUUGAAGACAAACUUCUUCCGGCUGACAUCUCUUCCUCAGUGGGCACUGUAUCAGUACCAUGUUGACUUCAACCCACAGAUGGAUUCCAAAAGACUCCGUUCAGUUUUACUCGACGUGCAUAAACAACUCCUAGGAAAAUGUUAUUCUUUUGAUGGGGCAAUAUUAUUUUUGCGCCAUAGACUACGAAACCAGGUUACUGAAGUGUUUAGUCAGACACACAGUGGAGAGAAUGUGAGGAUUACUAUCACUUUAACCAAUGAACUUCUGCCUAAUUCACCAACUUGCUUACAGUUUUACAAUAUUAUUUUCAAAAGAUUUUUGAAUACCGUGAAGCUCGUACAAAUUGGACGCAAUUUUUAUGACAUUUACAACGGGGCUGAAGAUAUGAGAGAUUUAGGGUUGAAUAUUUGUCAAGGUUUCAUUACCUCUAUCCUUCAGUAUGAGAAUGACAUUAUGCUAUGCACUGAUGUAAGUCAUAAAGUUGUCCGAAAGGAUACUGUCUUAGACUUCAUCCAUGACUUCCAGAGAUCUCGAAGACCCACGUCCCGAGAAGAAAUUUUGAAAGAACUACAAGGGCAGAUUGUUUAUACCAAACACAACAAUAGAACUUAUAGAGUUGAUGACAUUGACUGGGAACAGAAUCCAAACAGCACCUUUAAAAAAGAUGGCUCCAAUAUCAGCUUCUUGGACUACUAUAGACAGCAAUAUGGGGCAAGAAUCACAGACUUGCAGCAGCCAGUUUUGGUCAGCCUGCCCAAGAAGAAGCAGGGGCCUGAUGGAAAUCUCACAAACCCUGCCCUGCUCCUGCCUGAGCUCUGCAAUUUCACGGGUCUAACACGCUCAAUGAGAAAGAAUGAUAGGAUCACCAAGAACAUAGCCAAUCAUACAAGGUUGUCACCGGAAAGAAGGUACAGUGAACUCCGAAAACUCAUCGACAAUAUUCACAGAAAUCCUGUUGUCCAGAGAGAGCUUCAGGAAUGGGGUUUAGGCUUUGAAAACCAAUCAUUAUCUCUCACUGGAAGAGUUUUGCCAGUACAGAAGCUCAAUGAAGAUAGAAGAGCCAUGUCUAUCCAGUGUAUAAAUUGGUCAAAAGAAAUAAGUAAAGGACAUUUGACUUAUCCUAAACCACUGACGGAUUGGCUCCUUAUCUUUAAUCAUGAAAAUUCAAGACUAGCACAGCUCCUAUGGGAGAAACUAAAAGUAACUACACAUACCCUAGGCAUAAACCUGGGGUACCCCAGACGAUGCCCAGUACCAGAUAUAACUGAAGCGUAUAUUUCAGCCUUGAAGGAAAAUGUUACACCCCAAACUCAGAUUGCUGUUUGUCUGCUGCCCAAUAAUAGAAAAGAAAAGUAUGAUGCUAUAAAAGUAUGCCUAUGUAAAGAGAUUCCAGUUCCAAGUCAGUGCGUAGUAGCUGAAACCUUAAACAAUCCCAGAAUUCUCCUGCCUGUUGUCACCAAGCUAGCCCUACAAAUGAAUUGCAAGAUUGGAGGACACCUUUGGAAGAUUUCUGUCCCUUUCACAGAUGCUAUGUUCAUUGGUAUUGACUGUUAUCAUGACACCACAUCGGGCUGUAAGUCAGUUGGAGGAUUUGUUGCUAGCCUCAAUACAUCAUUGACCAAGUGGUAUUCUCACUGUCUCAUUCAAAACACAGGGCAGGAGUUUCUAGACGGUCUUAACAAUUGCUUAGAAAAAGCAUUAGAGGCCUGGAAGAAGAACAGUGAACGAUGUUCAUUACCUAAGUUUAUUUUUGUGUAUCGGGAUGGCAUAGGAGAUGGUCAGCUUAAAACUAUGGUGGAUUAUGAAGUACCUCAGAUGUUGGCCCGCCUAAAGACUUAUGAUGAUUAUUCUUUCAAACUUGUAAUCAUCGUGGUGAAGAAACGAGUAAAUGCCAGAUUUUUUGUAGAGAAAAACGGACACUUCAUAAAUCCAAAUGCUGGGACAGUCAUUGAUGUAGAGGUUACCAGACCAGAAUGGUACGACUUCUUUAUCAUAAGCCAGUCUACAAACGUUGGUAGUGUGACCCCGACACAUUAUAAUGUGGUCUUUGAUAAUACUGACCUGAACCCCGACCAGAUCCAGUGUUUGACUUACAAGCUGUGCUACAUGUAUUAUAACUGGACUGGUGUCAUUCGAGUUCCAGCUCCAUGCCAAUAUGCCCACAAACUGGCAUUCCUGGUCGGCCAGAGUAUUCGUGACCAACCCAGUUGCAAACUGUCAGAUCGUCUCUAUUUCCUUUGA